AUGCUUUCUGUCCUCCCUCCACCCUUUAUGCUAAUGAGCUGACAUCACAGCUGAGAUCGGUGUCUGUGAUUGGCUGCUGAUCCUCGUCCCUUCCCCCUGCACUUGGAUUCAGUCUGGAGGUUUUCAGUGUGUGAGCUGCUGCUGGGCAAGCACUCCCUCUGUUUCUCUCCCUCUCUCUGUCUCCUUCUCCCUCCUUAUUGCGAUCUCUCUCUAUCUUCAUCUCGUGGUUGUGUGGCAUCCCAGACGUGCACAUGCCUACAUGCACAUGUCUGCGUGCAUGUGUGGGUGGAGGAUUCAGAUGAAGGUGUGACAUCUGAGGACAAUAAGCGUCUGCUGAUUUGAGCGAGACGGAGAGAGAGAGAGACCAAGGGAACCGCUGCAGUUCAUCUCCUGUGCCUCUCGCCCCUGACCUCUCUCUUCCAAUGUGGCAUUGUCAAACUCAGCUUUGAACUCAGGUUUAAAGUCAGGUGCGAGUUUGAGUGAAGUGGACUACUGCGUGUGGGGGACUUUAUUAGCCUUCUUCUUCUGGAUACAGGAGCUUCCAGCAGGUCCAGAAACCUGAUCCAGGUUCCUGGAGCAGGAAUCCGAAACCACCUCAAGCUCUUAUGUCCCCCUCAAUGCGCUGCUUCUUCUAAAGGUGAUCCUGGUUCAGUUUGGAGCAGGAACCUGAGACCUUAGUUUCUGUCUCCUGUGAACCUGCUGUGUUUCUUUGAGGAGUUUCUUCAUGGAGCUUCAGAGUGCCACAGCUCUGUCUGGAACACUUUCUCCUGGGCCACUCUCUCCAUCCUCAGAAUAUGCAAGGCCUCUGUCUCCAGGAGCCGGACCCUCUCUCAGCCCUAGCCCACGUCGGGGCCAGAGUCCCAGUCUCAGUCCUAUUCGGGGGUCCAGUCCUGGACCAGGAUUCUCUGGUCAGGCUGCGUUUAACUACAACCAACUGGAAGGAAGGUUCAAACAGUUGCAAGAUGAGCGAGAAGCAGUGCAGAAGAAAACCUUUACCAAGUGGGUGAACUCUCACCUGUCCAGAGUCUCUUGUCGAAUCACUGACCUUUACAUGGACCUGAGAGAUGGACGCAUGCUCAUCAAACUGCUGGAAGUUCUUUCUGGAGAAAGACUGCCAAAACCCACCAAAGGUCGGAUGCGUAUCCACUGUUUGGAGAACGUCGACAAAGCUCUGCAGUUUCUGAAGGAGCAGCGUGUUCACCUGGAGAACAUGGGCUCCCACGACAUUGUGGAUGGAAACCAUCGUCUGACUUUGGGCCUCAUAUGGACCAUAAUCCUCCGCUUCCAGAUCCAGGACAUCAGUGUGGAGACAGAGGACAACAAGGAGAAGAAGUCAGCCAAAGAUGCUCUGCUGCUCUGGUGUCAGAUGAAAACGGCAGGAUAUCCAAAUGUCAACAUCCACAACUUCACCACCAGCUGGAGGGAUGGCAUGGCCUUCAAUGCUCUCAUCCAUAAACACAGACCAGACCUGAUUGAUUUUGAUAAACUGAAGAAAUCCAACGCUCACUACAAUCUCCAGAACGCCUUUAACCUGGCAGAGCAGCAUCUGGGUCUUACCAGACUGUUGGACCCUGAGGACAUCAGUGUUGAUCAUCCAGAUGAAAAGUCCAUCAUCACAUAUGUGGUCACAUAUUACCACUACUUCUCCAAGAUGAAGGCUCUGAAAGUGGAGGGCAAAAGAAUCGGAAAGGUUCUGGACCAGGCCAUUGAGACAGAGAAGAUGAUUGAGAAGUAUGAGUCUCUGGCGUCGGAGCUGCUGGAGUGGAUUGAACAGACUAUCAUCAUCCUUAACAACAGGAAGUUCGCCAACUCACUGGUUGGAGUUCAGCAGCAGCUCCAGGCGUUUAACACGUACCGCACUGUGGAGAAACCACCAAAAUUCACAGAGAAAGGCAACCUGGAGGUUCUGCUCUUCACUAUCCAGAGCAAAAUGAGGGCAAACAACCAGAAGGUGUUCACGCCCAGAGAAGGAAAACUGAUCUCAGACAUCAACAAGGCAUGGGAGCGUCUGGAGAAGGCGGAGCAUGAGCGUGAACUUGCCCUGAGGACAGAGUUGAUUCGUCAGGAGAAGCUGGAGCAGCUCGCUCGACGCUUCGACAGAAAGGCUGCCAUGAGAGAAACGUGGCUGAGUGAGAACCAGAGGCUUGUCUCCCAGGACAACUUUGGGUAUGAUCUUCAAGCCGUGGAAGCAGCAACAAAGAAACAUGAGGCAAUAGAAACAGACAUUGCAGCCUACGAAGAGAGAGUCCAGGCAGUGGUUUCAGUGGCAAAGGAGCUGGAGGCAGAACAGUACCAUGACAUCAAACGCAUCACUGCCAGGAAGGAAAAUGUUCUUCGUCUGUGGGAUUAUCUACUGGAGCUCCUGAAAGCCAGACGUCAGCGGCUGGAACAGAACCUGGGUCUUCAGAGAGUCUUCCAGGAGAUGCUGUACGUCAUGGACUGGAUGGACGAGAUGAAGAUGCUGCUGCUCUCUCAGGACUAUGGGAAACAUCUGUUGGGUGUCGAGGACCUGCUGCAGAAACACGCUCUGGUUGAAGCCGAUAUUGGGAUACGGGCCGAUCGAGUCAAGAGCGUCAACAGUAAUGCCGAGAAGUUUGCAGACUUUGGAGAGGGUUACAAACCCUGCGAUCCUCAGAUCAUCCGAGACCGCGUGGCUCACCUGGAGUUCUGUUACCAGGAACUAUGUCAGCUGGCAGCGGAACGCCGCGCUCGUCUCGAGGAGUCGCGGCGCCUUUGGAAGUUCUUCUGGGAAAUGGCGGAAGAGGAGGGCUGGAUCAGGGAGAAAGAGCAGAUCCUUUCCUCUGAAGAUUACGGGAAGGAUCUGACCGGCGCUCUGAGACUGCUGAGUCAGCACAAGGCCUUUGAGGAUGAGAUGACCGGUCGCGCAGCCCACUUACAGCAGACCAUCAAACAGGGAGCGGACCUUGUGGCUGACAACCAUUUUGGAGCUGAAAAGAUCAAAGAGCGAAUCCAGGACAUUCAGGAACAGUGGGCAGCCCUGGAGCGUCUCUCUGCCGUCCGUAAAGCUCGUCUGCAGGAAGCCUGUAACCAGCAUCAGUUCCAGGCCGAUGCCAACGACAUCGACACAUGGAUGCUGGAUGUUCUCCGAAUUGUCUCCAGCGUGGACGUGGGUCACGAUGAAUUCUCAGCUCAGACACUGGUGAAGAAACACAAAGAUGUGGCCGAGGAGAUCGACAGCUACAGACCUGUCAUCGACGCUGUUCACGAACAGUCCCGUCUGCUGCCACCUGAGAAGGCGAACUCUGAGGACAUCCAGAACCGACUGGCCGGCAUUGAGGAGCGGUACAAGGAGGUGGUGGAACUCACGCGGCUCAGGAAGCAAGCGCUGCAGGAUGCUCUCGCACUCUACAAGAUGCUGAGUGAAGCCAACGCCUGUGAGGUUUGGAUUGAUGAGAAGGAGCAGUGGCUCAACAGCAUGGAGAUUCCAGAGAAGCUGGAGGACCUGGAGGUGGUGCAGCACAGGUUUGAGAGUCUGGAACCAGAGAUGAACAGUCAGGCCUCACGGGUUGCUGUGGUGAACCAGGUUGCCAGGCAACUGAUCCACAGUGGACAUCCCAGUGAGAAAGAGAUCAAAGCACAGCAGGACAAACUCAACACCAGAUGGAGUCAGUUCAGAGACCUAGUGGACCAAAAGAAGGACAAUCUAAACUCAGCUCUGGGAAUCCAGAACUAUCACCUGGAGUGUAACGAGACCAAAUCCUGGAUUAAAGAAAAGACCAAGGUAAUUGAGUCAACCCAAGAGCUUGGUAAUGACCUGGCUGGCGUCAUGGCUCUGCAGAGGAAACUGACUGGGAUGGAGCGCGAUCUUGCAGCUAUUGAGGACAAGCUGGACGAUCUGGGGAAGGAGGCUAACCGUUUAGCUUCUGAACACCCGGAUCAGUCUGAUGCCAUCAAAGGGCGUGUGACUGAAAUCAGUGGUGUCUGGGGUGAGAUGAAGGACACAAUGAAGAAUAGAGAGGAGUCACUGGGUGAGGCCAGCAAACUGCAGCAGUUCCUACGAGACCUGGAUGACUUCCAGUCAUGGCUGUCACGUACACAGACCGUCAUUGCCUCUGAGGACAUGCCCAACACAAUGGCGGAGGCUGAGAAACUUCUGGCGCAGCACGAGGGCAUCAAGAAUGAGAUUCGUAACUACGAAGAGGACUACCAGAAGAUGAGGGACAUGGGCGAGAUGGUAACCCAGGGCCAGACGGAUGCCCAGUACAUGUUCCUGCGUCAGCGGCUGCAAGCGCUGGACACCGGCUGGAAUGAGCUGCACAAGAUGUGGGAGAAUCGCCAGAACCUUCUGUCUCAGUCACACGCCUACCAGCUGUUCCUGAGGGACACAAAGCAAGCUGAGGCUUUUCUCAACAACCAGGAGUACGUCUUGGCCCACACUGAGAUGCCCACCACUCUGGAGGGAGCUGAGGCUGCCAUCAAGAAGCAGGAGGACUUCAUGACAACCAUGGACGCCAACGAAGAGAAGAUCAGUGGCGUUAUGGAUGCCGGACGUCGACUGGUGGCUGACGGUAACAUUAAUGCAGACCGCAUCCAGGAGAAGGUGGAUUCCAUCGACCAAAGACACAAGAAGAACAGAGCAGCUGCCUGUGAGCUCCUGAUGAGGCUGAAGGACAACAGAGACCUGCAGAAGUUCCUUCAGGAUUGUCAGGAGCUGUCAUUGUGGAUCAACGAGAAGAUGCUGACAGCCCAGGACAUGUCCUACGACGAGGCCAGAAACCUUCACAGCAAGUGGCUGAAGCACCAGGCCUUCAUGGCUGAGCUGCAGUCCAACAAGGAGUGGAUGGACAAGAUCAACAAAGACGGGCAGACGCUUAUGGCAGAGAAACCUGACACAGAAUCCAUGGUCAAAGAGAAGCUGGCAUCCCUGAAGACCAUGUGGGACGACUUGGAGUCCACCACGCAAACCAAGGCCAAAUGUCUGUUUGACGCUAACAAGGCGGAGCUCUUCACGCAAAGCUGCGCCGACCUGGACAAGUGGCUGGGCAACCUAGAGCCGCAGCUCCACUCCGAUGACUAUGGCAAAGACCUGACCUCCGUCAACAUUCUGCUGAAGAAGCAGCAGAUGCUGGAGAACCAGGUAGAGGUUCGUCAGAAGGAAGUAGGGGAGCUCCAGCGUCAGUCGCAGGCACUCAGUCAGGAGGGAAAAGGCUCCGAGGAAGUGGACGGACAGAGGAUCAUUGUGGAGACCAAGUUCAACUCCCUGCAGGCACCGCUGCAGAAGAGAAGAGAGAACCUGAUGGCCUCCAGGGAAAUCCACCAGUUCAACAGGGACGUGGAGGACGAGAUUCUGUGGGUGGAGGAGAGGAUGCCUCUGGCCAUGUCCACCGACCAUGGACACAACCUUCAGACUGUUCAGCUGCUCAUUAAGAAGAACCAGACCCUGCAGAAGGAGAUCCAAGGUCACCAGCCCCGUUACGACGACAUCUUUGAACGCAGUCAUCACGUCCUGAAGAAGGACGGCCCCAUGGCUGAGCAGAUCGGUCAGCGUCUCUCUGACUUCAGGUCUUUGUGGGAUCAAAUCAAGAAGGAGACAGAGAAACGCCACGAGCGCUUGAACCAGGCCCACCAGGCCCAGCAGUACUUCUUUGAUGCUGCAGAGGUGGAGGCCUGGAUGAGUGAACAGGAGCUGUACAUGAUGUCGGAGGAGAAGGCCAAGGACGAGCAGAGUUCAGUUUCCAUGUUGAAGAAACAUCAGAUCCUAGAACAGGCUGUAGAAGACUACGCUGACACCGUCCACCAACUGUCCAUCACCAGCAGAGGACUGGUGUCUGACGGACAUCCAGAAAGCGAGCGAAUCAGCAUGCGUCAAUCUCAAGUGGACAAACUCUAUGCCGGUCUGAAGGACCUGUCCGAGGAACGCCGUGGGAAACUGGACGAGCGCUUCCGCCUUUUCCAGCUCAACAGAGAAGUGGACGAUCUGGAGCAGUGGAUUGCAGAGAGGGAGGUGGUUGCUGGGUCACACGAACUUGGCCAGGACUACGAGCAUGUGACCAUGCUGCAGGAACGCUUCCGAGAAUUCGCCCGUGACACCGGAAACAUCGGUCAGGAGCGCGUGGACGCCGUUAACCGAUUGGCAGACGAGCUGAUCAACGGCGGCCACACUGAUGCCGCGACCAUCGCCGAGUGGAAGGACGGUCUGAACGAAGCCUGGGCCGACCUGCUGGAACUGAUUGACACACGCACCCAGAUCCUCGCAGCUUCCUACGAGCUCCACAAGUUCUACCACGAUGCCAAAGAGAUUCUGAACCGCAUCCUGGACAAACACAAGAAGCUUCCAGAUGAACUGGGCCGUGACCAGAACACAGUGGAGACGCUGCAGAGGAUGCACUCAGCCUUUGAAAACGACAUCCAGGCUCUGGGAACCCAGGUUCGACAACUGCAGGAAGAUGCUGUGCGUCUGCAGUCAGCGUACGCCGGGGACAAAGCUGAUGACAUUCAGAAGAGAGAAGGAGAGGUCUUGGACGCCUGGAAGAAGCUCCUUGAGGCUGUGGAAGGUCGACGCGUGAAGCUGCUUGACACUGGAGACAAGUUCCGCUUCUUCAGUCUGGUCCGAGACCUGAUGCUGUGGAUGGAAGAUGUGAUCCGUCUUAUCGAGGCUCAGGAGAAACCCAGAGAUGUGUCAUCUGUGGAACUUCUCAUGAACAACCACCAGGGGAUUAAAGCAGAGAUUGACGCUCGGAACGACAGCUUCAGCACCUGCAUUGAGCUCGGGAAAACACUGCUGUCUAGGAAGCACUACGCUGCUGACGAGAUUAAAGAAAAGUUGCUACAGUUGACGGACAAGAGGAAAGAGAUGAUUGACAAGUGGGAGGACAGAUGGGAGUGGCUUAGACUGGUCCUGGAGGUGCAUCAGUUCUCAAGGGAUGCAGGUGUGGCCGAGUCAUGGUUGCUGGGUCAGGAACCGUACCUGUCCAGCAGAGAGAUCGGUCAGAAUGUAGAUGAGGUGGAGAAGCUCAUCAAACGCCAUGAAGCUUUUGAAAAAUCUGCUGCCACCUGGGAGGAACGCUUCUCUGCACUGGAGCGGCUGACCACGAUGGAAUUACUGGAAGUGAGAAAAAGGCAAGAGGAAGAAGAGAAGAACAGACAGGCCCUGUCCGCUGAGGCUCUGCCUGCUGACGCUGCUGCACAGCAGAGGGAUGGUGGUCCAGAGACGGGUCUUCAGACUGAACAGGAGUCAACUCGGGCGGAAGGAGAUAAAGCUGUGAAUGGGACGUCGCAGCCAAGCCCCUCUGGGUCUCCCUCUGCAUCCCGAAAGGGUAAAGUGAGUCAGGCGGCAACGCUUCCUGUCAAAAGUGCAGAAGCUCCAGCGUCUCAACUCGAGGGCAUCCUGCAGCGCAAGCAUGAGUGGGAAGGUCAUAACAAGAAGGCUUCAAGCAGGUCCUGGAACAGUGUGUACUGUGUGAUCAAUCAGCAUGAACUGGGAUUCUACAAAGACCAGAAAAGUGCAGCACAGGGAAUUCCUUUCCAUGGAGAGAUUCCAGUCAGCCUUAAAAAUGCCACCUGCCAGGUGGCGCUGGAGUACAAGAAGAAGAAACACGUCUUCAAACUCAAGAUCAGUGAUGGCAACGAGUAUCUGUUCCAGGCCAAAGACGACGAGGACAUGAACUCCUGGAUUUCUGUCAUCUCUGCUGCCGUAGCAACUGAAAAGUCCGAGGCCGCACCGUUCAGUCAGAGCAUGGCUGCGUCUGCACGUGCUCAGACGCUGCCGACCUCCGUCUCUGUCACCUCUGCGACGUCAGAGUCCAGUCCAGGAAAGAAAGAAAAAGAAAAAGAGAAAAGAUUCAGUUUGUUCAAGAAGAAGUAAAAAAAAACACUCACUUGUAUCUCCUCCUGUCUUUUCUCCUCUCCUUCCCUGUUAUUCACUCCUCCUUUUGUUUUUACUGCUUCUCUUCUCCUCCCUUCCUUUUGUAUCUUUCUUCUUCCUUGCCUCUCUUCAUAUUCCUUCCAUCAUUCCCGUCUUUCUUCUUGAGUUUCCCUUUGUCUCUCCAUCCAUAGUUCUUCUUCCCUCAUCCCUCCUUUCUUCCUUUCAUUCCUUCUUUAUUUUUGUCCUUCUCUCCUCCUGCUCCUGUCUGAGCUCCUUUUCCAAAAUUGAUUUAAAAAAUGACUUUUCCUUCCAACCCUACCUGAGCCUCCUCCUCUUUACCUUCAUCUUCAUCUUCUCUGCCCCCUCUUUUCUCCUCUUCUCCUCUCUCUCCACUUGGUGCCUGCAGCGUCGUCAUAGAUUAAGCUUCCCCACCUCUCAAUUUUUUCUCAAUUAAAGAAGAACAGAAGGAAGCAUAAACUCAAAACAGUGCUUUUGAAGGAAAAGAAAUAAUAAAUAAAUAAAUAAUCAAAGCUUCAGGCAGCUGCUGACAUACAAACAACAAGAUGGUGUAGACCACUUUACUUAACAUCACACUAUUGUUAUUAAUAUAUUGUUAUUAUUAAUGUUAUUAUUAAUCUCUCCAUGUCUUUUAUGUUCCAUUCACUUCAGUUUUCAUAACCUGACUUUAUGUUUUCUGACUUUUUUCUCAACGCUGCUUCCUGCUGGUUGUCUUUUCAUUCCUUUUUGUAGUUCAGUUGGUGUUUGGCUCCGCCUUCAGUUUUUUGCGAGGCCUUGUCUUUGCAAGAUGACGUGUAUCCCUCUGUGCUGGGGAAAAAUUUGUGACCGGGACGGAGCCUCGAUCCCAAAUACUCCACAGCUAUGAAAGCUACACCGGGUGCUCUGAACAGGAAAUUAAAAAAAAAAAACAAAUGAGUGAAAGCUGUCAUCUUAAAACCAAAUAACCUGUUGAAUUAAGACUGGCUUAAUCUUGGGUUAAACUCUCUGGAUAAUCUGGGAUUAACUGGGAGCGCGGCUUCGCCCUUGUCCUCAAGUAUGUGUAUAACUUGUGUAUAACAAACUGUUUAAAUGAACAUGUGUUUAAUUUCAGCUGUUGUUGCCAUAAAUGUAAGCUAACAACCUAAUAAGCUUCUUUAAAGUCAAUAUUUGUUAAACGAAAAAAAAAGUAACUUCAGUUCCCAUCUGAAAGUGAGCGUGGCCUUGUGGUCAUGUUUUCUUUCCUACUCGUUUAUGAUACGUCUUUCAUUUUCAGUUUUGUUGUUCUGUUUUAUGAGAAACAGGUUUAUUUAGUUCCAGGACAUAUAAGUGAAAUGCUGUUCUUUAAUUACAAAAAAAGAUAAAUGUUGCAAAUACCUUGUCAGCUUGAGCUCCUCCCACUCCCUGUUUUACCUAAGUUUUUCCGAUUUUUCACAUCAGCGGCCUAACAAUGAAAUGUGACAAAAGUCACUACAUUUGUUCAAAGGUUCUUCAAUGACAUCAUUUAAAGAAUAACUUCAAAAACAUUGACAGUAUUAAACCAGUGGGAUGUAAGUUAAUAUUAACAACAAACAAAGACUGUGUUUAAUAUGUCAACUUCAUCAGUUCAGAUACAAGACAAUCGAUAAAAGAACAGGUCAAACGCACGUAUUCUUGGGUCACUGUAAUGUGAGCGCCCUCCUGCGGCGGAAGGCGCUCAGACACAAAAGACUGUCUAUAAAUGUAAUCUAUUCCCUGAGUGAACAGGAAAGCAGGCCUACACCUGGGUCCACAGAGAGAAUCAGUGAUGUUGGUCUCAGUGACACAGGAGCCCGUGGUCUACCUCUGCCUUCUGUGGUUACUUUUUUAACCAACGCUACAUCUAAACAAAAGAUUUAAAACUCUGUUGUUUAGAAAAAAAAGGGCAUAUUCAAUAUCAGCAGUGGAUCAACGACGCCUGUGUGCUGGGAUAUUAAUAUUAACUGAUUAUAGUGUACUGUAAGUGGAGAGACUGGCUUACAAAGCUUGUGAGUCUCAGCCUGGUUCGAACAGCAGAUGGCGCUCACGGUACUGACCUGAGCUUCAAAUGGUGCCGUUACUGGACCUUUGUGACUAUUUUAGUCACCAGAUGGUGGCGUUAAUAAGUCAUUGAGUCAGUGGCUGGAGCUCCAAGCUUCAUGUUGAUGAUGUAAUCGUCACGCCAGGUCAAAAUGUCACUGUAACCAUGGUAACAAUAAAUUCAGGAGAUGCCACAGUGGGGCGGGGUUUGUGGGUGGAGUCAGAUCUGCAUCAUCGUUAUCUGUUAGACAAAAAUUAAAAAUAUAACAAUAAAACGCUUUUAAAGGAAAA